AUGGCCGCAACAACUGAAGAUUUUCAGAAACGUUGGGGAGAAAUUCUCGAACCGCUGCCAAAAGCACCAGCUCUUCAUAUUGAAAUAACGGAGCCAAAACCAGCGGACUAUGAACUACCAACGUUGCAUCAGCCCUCUUCGGAACAUUUCCCACCCAAAGACGAGUAAGUUGUCGUCGCCUCUAAGUUUAAUAUGCCUACGGUUUUCUGUGACAGUAAAAACCCGCGUGGAAGAACCUAGUGGUUUAAGAACCUGCUGGCAGAAAUUUGCCAUUUUAAUACUCAAAAAUAUAAAAACCUGUUUAGCCAAGCAAGAUUAAACAGGUUUCUAUUCGUUUUAGUCCAUGGGGUCUUCGUUUUAGUCCAAGGGGUCUUCGUUUUAGUCCAUGGGGUCUUCGUUUUAGUCCAUGGGGUCUUCGUUUUAGUCCAUGGGGUCUUCGUUUUAGUCCAUGGGGUCUUAGGUCUUAGGUCUUCGUUUUUGAGUCUUCGUUUUAGAAACACCCAAGUUAGAUUACCAAUAUAGGGAUGUUGGAAAAAUUUCUUCUGAUGAAGUCAGUGCUGUAAUAGACCAUUUUACUGUUGAGGGCUCAGUACUUUAGCCUUCACGUGAAUGCGAGGCUGAGGUUGACCUUGUUUUGGUACAAACCUCCAAAUUAUACUUGAAAAAUACUAGUUGGUAUAAGAAAAACAUAAGUUACAUAUUAAAGAAAGCAGAAAGGGUUUUAUCAAAACAAGGUCAACUCCAGCCUCGCUUCCAUCUAUAACUUUAAAGUGGGCUAUUCCCUUCUAAAGGGGGAAAAUGACAUCACCACAUUUUCUUUGGGGACGGGUACAGAACAAAAUGUAAUACUAUUUCUGAGGGCUUGAUACAAGAAAUGUCGAUUUCUCCUAUGAAUGAUCUUUUUAAGGGGUCACCUCUCAGCGGGGGGUGGGGAUAUCAUAAUAUUAAUAGAUGACCCUCAGAUGUCUGUAAUCAUUUUGCGUGAGCUUUAGAUUAACUUUCAAAUCCAUAGUUUGGAACAAAUUGUAGCUGUUAUUACGAUUUUCCUCCGUAUUUCUUUAAUUUAUAAUCAGUAUAAAAAAUUAUUAUCCAAGCUCGAGUUGGUCUGCUGGUGAUUUGACAUAUUAUUUCAAGUAUUUUGAUAUACCAAACAAACAUUUGUAAGUCAACAGGAACUUCCAUCUGCUACACUUUCUGAAAAGACUGUUUUAUGUCAGAUCACUUGCUCAUCAUUUUUUACAUGUUCCAAUCAUGCAACUCCUUGGCCUAUGGUACCUGACACAUUUAGCAUACAACAGCAUAACAGUCACUUUACCAGUUGUUAUUUUGGUUUUUCGUUGUCUUGCACCAUUGUAAUGUAGCCCUGAAAUAAUUUUAGAUAUUUGACCUUCUUUUACCUGUCCAUUGUAGACUGCCUGCAAAAUUUAUGGCAUCUGUUAAGCCUCCAGUUGACAAACAUUCACAAAACUUGACACUCCAUUGUAUUGAGCUACAACAUCAUAAACGACGUAUGCGGUUGAUGCUGAUGGCAGCACAGCACCAGUAUGGAGAAGCAGGGGUAUAUGACAUUGAUUUUUCUGUUUUUGGUAAUGUAGUAACAAUAGUCAUUACUGUCUAUUUUUUAUGCCUGGGAUUCCAGAGAUGUUGGGGAGGGGGGAGUGGGGAGGAGGGGGAGGGAGUGCCAAUUUUAACACAUUUUCAUCUCAACUUGUCUUAAUCAUUAUUUGUGUGGAGCCACAGUCUUCACUGCCGCUUGUCUUGUGAUUACAUAAAUUUUAACUUUGUUGGGCAACUUUGAUGCCUAACUUUGUGUACAAGAUAAAGAGGGCUUCCAAUUGUUUAGGAUUCAAUCUAAGAGACCAAAGAAAAUGAUUUCUGUUGACUCAACACAAAUGAGCAACAACUAUUAAAUGGUGAUGUCAACAAUCACAUUUUUACUAAACAGGCAAACCGUCAAAUCAGCUGGAACUCUGCAACAUGCAUUACCUAUAUGCUACAUACUUCUAUUAAAGAUUCACCAUAGAAAGUUUCCUUAAUCACUUAAAUUAAGCGCUGCGGAAUUUAAGUCAGCAACUACCAGAACAUUACAAUUAAUGACUUAUUGACGGAAUCAAGUAAAACUGACAAGGAAUGACUGCUUGACAACCAAAAAUUUGAUUUAACAAUAAACAAGCAUUAUAACUGAUAACUGUGACAAAACAUGGAUUGAAGCACACCAUUCACAUCCAAUCAUAACCAAAAUCAUUGCUGCCUAACUCUUAAAGCCUAAUACCCAAAUACCAAUUCUCUACACUGAUCUCCAUACAUUUUCUUAAAAAAAGGUAGUUGCAACUAUUUUAUUUUUCGUGAUCAUUAAUUUUUAUUAAUCCUUAGAAUGUAAUAAUUAUAUUGGUGUUGUCAGGAGAAAACUAAAUUUGGUUAUAUUUUGGGACGUAAAGGGUUAGGUGACAGACAUCCGAUAACAUCAUGACUUGAUUCAGACCAAUGAGGUCAAUAACCAGGGUUUGAUACCAUCAACUGAUGGCAGUCUUGUUCAGGACCCCUGAGUGUUCUUACAAGGAUUUUCCACCCUGGAGUCCACAGGACCCAUAGAGAAGCUUAAAGGGGGUCAUGAGGGAGAAAAACAGGUCACACUUUGUAGAUACAGUUAACUUGAUGUUUAACUCACUGGUCUGAGUUAGCUAGAGUAUUUCAACUUAAUGGUACUGUAUAGUUUUAUUUUCAUGGUAGAUACAUGUAGGAUAAAGUUCUAAUUCCUCAAAUUAUUUUCUUUCUUUCUUGUGAGAAUUAUAAAUGAAGCAAUACAAGUGACCCAUGCAUCUGCAUGGUCACCUGAGCUUGUCUAUGACAGAAAAUUUUUUUGUUAUCAGAGAUCAGAUGGUGCUGAAACAACUUCAUUACCUGCUCAUCCACCCAGACCCAAGAGAUUCUGCUCCAGUCAAGGAAUUAUCACACCACCAACUCAGUCCACCAUUCUUUCAAGAGCUAAGGAAUCUGUUAGGUAAUACUCACUUAGCUGCCUAUAGUUAAGUUGUUAACCCUUUAAGUCCCAAUAUCCACAUACAAAUUCUCCAAACUGAUCUCCAUACAUUUCCUUUAAGAAUUAGUUGAGAGAAUUUAAUAAAACAUCAAGGCAUUUUCUCUUUCAUGAUCAUUUUUUAUAUUCUCACAACCUUAUCUCUUGACAAUGUAUGGACAUUGUUAGGAGAAAAUUGUUGUUGGUCACUAUUGGGACUUAAAGGGUUAAUAAGGCACCAGAAUAGCAGUCAUGGUCAGUGUUUAACUCCCAACCUGACUACCUACCAGGAUUUGAAUGUAAAGUAUGAUCUUGUAAUUUGCCAGUGAUCUUUUUCUUUUAAGCUCUUAGGUCUUCUUAUUUUUCUCUAUUCAUAGGAACCCUAGCCUGCAUUGCAGUCAGACUUGUCACUCAAGACCUAAACAGGGGUUUCGUUUCAUGCCCGACGCCAGACGCAACAUCUGGUUGUUUGACAUGUAACGUCAGUACUUCACACACUAGCUAAUAAUUAUUUUUUAAGUGUGAAAAUCGUUUUUUCUUUAUUAACGAAAGAAAGACUUGACCUUUAUUUUACCCACUUAGUUAUGUAAUGCAUACAAUCGAAAAAAAGAUAUAACUCUUGUCAUAAUCCCGGUUACCCAAUUCCGGUCCAGGGAAAGCAGGAAAUUGCAUUUUAGAGAGUCCAAUUUUACAAAUUUUCCGGGAGGCAUACCCCCGGACCCCCUUAAUUAGGAGUUCAUGCCUCUGGCACUCAACGGCGCGAACGGUUCACGUCCACCAGCUGAACCACUGCAUCUGGUACUUCCAAAUGCUACCAAAAACCCUGCCUAAAUACACUGUAGAGAAAUCAAAUUUACUAUUGAUGCUGUCUGGGGAUUUAGACCGUCCGUGAGGCAGACUAAAGAACCCUCACACUAUUCAGGGAGAAGAAUUAGGUAAACGUCCAAGGUCGUUGUCCGAUUUUUUUCACUCUGGUUACAGCUGAUGGGUCCAAUACAUGUAGGCUGACUCUCAAUUUCCUUUAUAACCAAACCUAAUUAUUCAUGAUUGUAUUGGUCUUUGUAGUGGUUAAAGUGAUACAGAAACUUUUCUGUCAUGUAAUCAGUAAAUUAUCAAAAUAAAAAAUGAACAUCACAAAUUGAUUAAUAAUGUAAUCGACCCUGAUAACUCAAACUGUUUUUUUGUUUUCCAUCACAGUUCGAGUUACUGGAGAAUUCUUUUGUAUUUUUUUUUUUUUUGUAUUGGUUAAUUAUAAUAAAAAAUGUUGUAUCUCUAUUGCAGCCCUCCUGGAACACAUUCUACAUUAGCAUGUGCUGAGUUAGACAGUGCAUCCAACAGACACUUACUGAUGAGAGCGGUAGCCUCCUUGUGUGCACUUGCAGGAUUUGAUAGUGAGUUCCUCUCUCAAUACAAUAUUAUUACUCAGCACGAUUCUUGUGUAAAAUCUAAUCUGUAGUUUUCAGUUUUGUAGGAUUAAAAUCUCUUACCUUUAUGGAUUGAUACCAAGGUAUUGGUCAAAGAGUUUGUACAAGUAAUUGAAAUGAAAAUAUUGGAAAAUAUGUGUAAAGGUCUGGAACUGAUGGGUUUAAUAGGGACCUAUAGCAGCAAGGGACGUUGACGUCCCGUACGUCAAAAAUAGCAACCAGAAGUUUAUAUUUUCUCUUUUUCAGUGCUUUGACUCGACAAAUUCGUACUGCAGGAGUUAAAACAAAGGCAUUCAGAUUCAUUGUGUGAGGUAGAAGCGUUCCAUCAAGUGAAACAUCGAACUUCCAGGGUCAAAAAUUUCUUUACUGGACACAGAUGACUUUCAGGGAAAAAUCUGCUUUUAAAUUUUCUUCAACUUUGAAUGUAGUGGCCUGGAAAGCACUUUUUUUUAUGCUUUUUGGAAAAUAUAAAUAUAGCCGCCGUGACGUUAUGCGAAAACACUCUAUACUCUAGUUAACUCUUUUGUAUUUCCUCAGUGGCAAGUGAAUCUGCUUUGGAGAUACUUACAGACAUCCUAGACGACUUCAACACCAAGCUUUGUCAUCUUUUGCGAACUGCAGUUGAUAAUGAAGCCCUAAAUGGAAGAAGUGGCUUUUCAGUAAGUGACUCAGGACACGAUAUGUUGGCAGCCAUGCAUAAAUCUAAUCUUGUUGAUUGAGUUUAACGCUGAAGUUGCUAAUCCUACCUGAGAAUACAGUUGACUCCCGAUAACCGAACCUUCGAACCUUGUAGUAGGGAAAUAGAAACAAUUUCGAGUUAAUAUCGGGAGUUCGGGUUAUCGGUUCGAAGCAAAUAACCCGAAAUAAGCAAAUAAGCAAAUGGAAUGGGAAAGGAAUGCACGUAUCAUGCAUACUUUACUUCAAGGGUUAGCAAGGUUGACAUUUUGAAACCUGACGGAAUUAAGCUACAAAGCUUGAUGGGCAAAAAAAGGAAAGACAAAGAAGACACGGUCGUUUUAAAAUAAUUCAAAAUUUCUGACUGCAGUGCACUUUUUUUGCUUUUGUUUUUAUCGAUGGCAAAAUUAUACAGAAAUGAUCUGUGGCGAAACAUAAAAUUACUUUGAGUUAGCGGGAGGUUCGAGUUACCGAGAGCGCGAGGUUCGCAAAAGCGAGGGUUUCUCUAACUCUUAGGGCCAGUUGUGAAACCGGAGUUUAGCCUGCGUUUAACAAAACUGCGUUGUGUGCUGGUGGAAGUCAUUUUCAGUUUCCCAGCGCUUUUGUCUAAACACCAUUUAUCGUGAACAAUUUCAAUAAAGUAUAUAGCGGAGACGGGAAAAGCACUUAUUUUCUUACGUUGACCCACUAUUAACGAAGAGAUCUGGAGGUCCAAUGAUUUCUUUAACUGCGUUCUCAGUCAGACUUUGUUUGAAUAACUGACCCCUAGUUUCUAACACAUUAUAGUAAUUUCCCCCUUCCGAUAAGCUUCUAGAGUCCAUAAGCAAAGAAUUAAACAAACCUCCAACCUUUUCUUAAUUCCUCACUCCAGAUACUGAUUUUGAUAAUGAUGACGAGUGCUUAAUGAUGUAAAUGUUUUGACUGGCUUGAACUUAAGACACAGACUGUGUGACAAAGUGGUUAUCCUAAAUAUCAUGACUGCAACUUACACAGUCAGUUUUUAAACCAACUGUUUUAAUUUUGCACUCUUUUGUUUUACCCCUGAAAAUCACCUUUUGCUGACUAGUCGAGCUGUUUUCUGGUCACUUGGGCUAUAAAAAGCCAAAGGUUUCUUUCUCGAUCGUUGUCGUCCGUAUUCCGUAGCCUUUGGUUAUUACUAUUACUAGGACUAAUCGGAGCUUAAGAGAGUGCGUUCGACAUGUUUGUUAGCUAUUUAGCAGUGAUCUAAACUUCUAGGUGAAGUACAUGUAAGUAACAACGGGUCAAACACUGACUAUGAUCCUCAGAAUACUCUUUUGCACUGUAGGAUAGUCAAUAAAAUUGGCUACGAAUUGGAAUACAGAAAAUUAAAGACAUCUGAAAAGGUAUUGAUUGAGAUGUCAAAAAUAGAAUUAAGUUUAAAAUAUAUGGUCGAUCUGAGGUCAUAAAAACAAAUACAGUGUGCAGAACAUAUUGUUGCCAUGGUAUCUACAUAUCCGAUUAUCUUAGAAUGGAGUUUUUCCUUAAUUGAACAGUGCGAGAAAUGCGAGAAAACGGUAAACAAAUCUGAAGUAAACAGAGAAAUUCGAUUAUCGCCAAUAUUUCAUCUGUGAGCGAGUGUCACAAAAUAGAUACCAGUUCCCGGGGGGGGAAAAACUGUUGCCAACGCAGCCAACGAUCAAAAAAAAGAUAAACAACGCUUUACGAAGUCAGGAACCACCAAGCGAGUUAGAGCUUCAAAGUGUGGCACAACGGGUGCUAGCCCCUCAAAGCGAGGCAAAUGUUUGUCGACACAAAUGCAAUCUCAAAAAAUCUCGCCUAUUAAUUGCACAGGACACCCAACAUAAAUUGGGCUCAGCUGGCUCGACUGCAGCACGACACUAGCACGACCUUGGCUUCAGACGUCGAAUUUAAUUUGUCGACUAGAACGGCUGUUGCCGAAAACGAAACACAAAAGUAAAGCAACGGUUUAGCAAACUUUUAAAUGUGUUCUAAUUUACUUAUAAUUUAUGAAUUGAGUUCGGCACGGUGGUAGCACAACGUUUGAAACCAAGUCUAGUUACUGCCGUGUAGCAUGGCAUGGCUUGCCGUGCUACACGGCAGUAGCACGACUUGGUUUCAAACGUCGCGCUACUGCCGUGCUAAAGUCGGGCCUUAGAUGACUGGCACAUCACUACGGUAAUGUAUUGAUAUAAAAUUGACUUUUUUAAAACAUCAUUUCCCCAUUACUUUAUUUAGGAUGCAAUGGAGUAUGCCCUGCAUGAGAUAGGCCUUGGUGGCUGUGCUGCUAUUCAAAAGUAUUGGACUCAAGGAGUGCAAGACUAUGCUGUCAGACUGGACCAAGAGGAUAUGGAGAUGAUACAAGAUUACAAAUCUUUUCUUGUAAGCAGUUAUAUUUGCCUAAUGACAUUUUGUUCCUUUUUUGUAACAACUAGCAGUUCUUGAAGUGACUGACGGUAAAUCUUGUUCCUCAGACAUAACUACAUUACAGCUUUAAGUAGGUGGAGUCAGUCUUUUUGCGACGUUAUAGGUUUCAGUGGCGGAUGACUUUUUUUCUUUAGUAUAGUGUAAGAAAGUAACAAUUUAGUUCAUCAAGUUUUCAACUAGCACACUUAUAGCCCUGCUAAAAGUCACCUAUGAUGGCAGACGCCUACCACAGGCGGACAACUUUUGCUUCUGCAAGCGGGCAUUCCCCCAGGCGGCCACCUCUCACAAGAGGGCACCCCAACAGGCAGCAACCCGGGCAACCUCUCCCCACUUUAGGUGGGCAAUUCCACAGGCAGGCAUCUCCCACAGGUGAAUGCCUUCUGUAGGCAGAUGCCGCCCGCAGGUGGAUGCCUUCCAGUGGCAGACUAUUCCCACAGGUGAAUGCCUUCCAGAGGCAGACACCUCCUGCCAUCUCCAAUAGCUGGAGACUUCGUCAUGGUCCCAGCUGCGACACCUCUCAUUCCAAAGUGCAUGGACACAUUCUCUGGACCCAAGAAUGUCCUCUUUUCAGAGGUUCAACUAAAGUUACAUUUAAGUAAAAAAAAGUAAAAGUAACAUAUGUUAAAACAGAUUGUUGUCUGUCAUUUCAGGAUCCAACAACAAAGUCCUCACCAGCAGGUGCUGAUUUGGGAGUUUAUAACACGUAAGUAUUUUAAAAAUACACGUACCUAUUGAAUAAAUAACAUUAUCAAUCAUGUUUAAAACCUGACUUGUUCGUUCGCUGUGCUAGUUGAUUAGCUAACUCUAAAACUGAGUGAAACCUCACUUUUUCGACUGUGUUAUAAACAGAUGAGAUCUUUCCGAGGUAGAUACUCUGGGUAACUAGUCACCUGUUUUUUUUUUUAAAAGAAAUGGAACCUCGUAUACGUUGCUAAGUCAUUUCUUGUUCUUUUAUUAAAAACUUCUCGGUCCUUAAUUUACUGUACGGUGGCACUGAAGUUUAUACGAAAAUUUUUUCCUUCAAUUAAGUGCGUCUUAGUUGACAAAAAUAGCCCUCAAAAUAAUGGUAAGUUUCUGGUUUUGGAAUCUUUCCUUCUAGUAAAUCUCUUUGUUUGUAGGUUUGUGUGCUUGUGGCCUGCGGAUACACCCGUCCUUGCCGCCAGGGACAUUUAUCUGUUCCAAUAAAAAAUCAGGAUAGUGUUCUCAAGCCUGCAGAAUCGUUAGUUAGUCGGACGGUUAUUUCUUGUUGCAACGAAUACAAAGCUAUUAUAAUAAACACCUUGUUUUUUCUGUCCUACCUUAAAUUCCCUUCCAAACCAGCCAGUUAUAUUUUUGCAAGAAUUAUUCACCCUUGGACUUGAUUUUCAGUGACACAUCAAGUGACUCACUCUGAGCUCAAUUGAUUCUUUUCGCUUACUAGUUACUCCCACCGACCUAAAAUUAUCGUUGGAUUUCUUAUGGUCCUUUCCUCUACUGUUUUAAAAGUUCACACUGCCUUGUCUGUCAACAGGGUCGUUAAGUGUAUAGAAAAGGAAAAAACAUUGAUUAUGGAGUUGAAUAGUAAUGUUCUUCGCAAACAUUAACAGGGCUUAAGAAAAAGUCCCGCCCGGUACGCAGUUCUGGACGAGUAGAUUUUCUUGCUGGGCAAGUAACGUUUAAAGCUUACUUGCCCUAUGGGCACUGGGGUCGAGGCAAGUCAUCCUCCAACUAAAUCAUCGACUCACACAAGCAAGUAGACUACGAGCAGUCUCUCUGUUUUCUUGGUCCGUCAAGCAAAACACGCGCGAUUGCCCUUGUUCUUGCGUCUCGCGGCUUCGUCACUCGCUGCUUGCGCGCGCGUGCACUACCCUCAUUAAAUCUGAAGAGACGGUCUAACAAGCAAGUAGUUGCCCCGGGCAAAAUGUAAAAACUGCUUGUCCAAAGGACAUGCCGGAAUUCAAGUUUCUUUCGAGCCCUGACAAAAAAUCUUUUUUUUUUUCUGAUAUACUGUAGGAUUAAAGAAGAUGUGAACGUUAAAGGAAGUGGAGCGUUGUAUAAGACGUCUGUUGGGGUGAGUGAUAUAAGAGACCUUAGGGAGCUUAAGCAACGACUACGGCGAAGGCAAUGAGAACGUCAAAAAGCAAUAAGUUUAGGCCCUGUUUGUUUUGUUACAAGGAAGGAGGGUGACCCUGGUGCCCUGCAAGAGGGUUACCCCCAGCACUCGCACAUUUCUUCUUUUUUUACACGACGUGUAAAAGCAGUUGAAAAUAACUGUGCUGUUUUAUUUAUGUAUUUUUUUUUUCGGAGAAAAAAGUACAGUGAAGCUUUCUGUUUCUUUGAGAAUACGCUGAAAUUACUGAACAGACCAACGGGGACAUGGAAUCUAUUUGUUUUAUACAAUAAUCAGAAAGGAAAAACGACAGGCUUGCCUCGUAUCGCUGGACUGUUCGAGGAUUUGUGCCAGUUUAGGAGUUUUCCAAGUCACAAACGCUACUCUUCGUCUCUAUUUCUUCUUUUCUUCUUUAUAUUUCUUGUAGACAGUUUCUCCGAAACGUUUUUCAACGCCUUCACUUGUUAAAAGAAGAAUAAUACCAAAAACAUUUUGCGAAACUGCAAGUCUAGUCUAGUUUCCCGGAACGUCAUCUAUGUAGCUGGCCCCAGUUGUUCAAAAGUGGAUAGCGCUAUCCACCGAAUAAAUCACCAUCCACUGGAUAGCGCAAUGGUAAUUUUCCUAACAUUUAUCGGCUGGACAGUGUUUUUUCUGGUGCAUUGCGCUAUCCACCUUUUGUACAAUUCGGGCCAGUACUCUAAUAGAUCAUGGGCAAUGACCAAUCACAGCGCGCGCAGCAUUCACAUCAUAGUAUAAUAGUCAGUGGCUUAAAAGGGAGUUCAUGAUGUCACGACAACGGUGACGGCAACGAGAGCGUCCAAAAAAUUAAAAGCAACAGGUUUAACUCGCGAAACAACUCUGCAAUUGCAGCACACGUUUUUGUACAUUUCUUUAACGUCCCGGCACAACCUCGCCAUGAAAUUUUCUAUUUUCACGGUUUUGGACGACGGUAAAACGCAACGACUUUUCUUAUAAGCCGACCUUAAUAGAAUAUCACCUACACUUGACAAUUCACUUUGACAAAUCGUAAAUUCACUUGGUAUCUUGAUGAACUCCCUAAAAAUUACCAAUAAGGAAGCUACUGCCUUGGCCCUGCAAAUAGCCGGCUCUGACGGCAUCCUUGCUGCUGUUUUUCUUUGCAGACCGACACCUCAGAGCAAAGUUCAGAGUUUUCCAAUUUAAGGUACUCAAUAAUGUGGCUUGAAUGGCUGUAGCUAUAAACCCCGGGGCAAUUUACCACCUUGGCAAGUGUCUCUUCUUUAAUAUUACAGUCAAAUGUAAGAAAUGGUUUUUAGGAAAAAGAUGUUAUUGUCAGCAUUUAUUACGCCGUAAGAAUCACCAUAUCAAAGCAAUUUGUAACAAAAGUAUGCGUUUUUACUAGCUUUGCAAAAUGAGGUUUCUGUAUCAUUACAGACUAUUGGUAACUCUUGUGAAUUCUCCCCCCCGACUCCUCCCUUGAUUAAUCUGCGUCCACCCAGCACAGACAUUUGACACGUUAUACAGUGUUCACUUGAUUUAAUUUAAUUCAAUUUAUUCACUUCUAUAGCGCCAAUUCAACUCAAGGUUUUCAAAUAUUUGCGUGCGUGUUUUUCCGAGGUCUGCUAGAUGUUGCUUUAGAGUGUGAAGGCCAUAACGUGUACUUGUUUAAACUAGCCUGUGAACAGGCCUUUGGUCGAGCGGGGAAUUAGGGAGAGGGAAAAGCUAAAACGUGUGUCUACAGGCUCUCUCCCCCCUUCCCUUCCCUUUCCUUGCUAUUUUUUUCCCCAGACAGAGAGCCUGUUCACAGGCUAGUUUAAACUGGCUGUAUGCGUGAGUGCCCCCGCGGGGAUUUCGCCCAGAAGGCGAAAUCCCAAGAAGGCAUUCAAUUAGCUCGCGCGUAUAUAUAGAAAAGUAUUUCUACAGUUAAACUUUGCAGUUAGUAUACCAGAAAAAAAUCUCGAUUUGCUGGAUCAGGGGUUUCAUGGAAUCGUUGGGUGAUGAUCACGUUUCUAUUGUUCACGCGCGCAAGUAUGAAAGGGUUAGGAUGACGUAAGGUAUUUUGUGACACUUAUUGUACAGUCAUAAAUCGAUAGUCUUUUGCGUUACGUGUGUUCAGUGAUUUUCUGUGGAGCAGCUGUUUUGAAAGUUAUUGACCAAAAGACGCUCGUUAAGUAAAAACUUGGAGAGUUUGCCAGACACUAGUUUAUCAUUCACAAAUUUUUUAUUGGAAACGAUUUGCCAGACACCGAGUUUUCUACUCGGACAGAGAGUUCUUUGCAUACCGUUAGUCAGCAAAAGUAAUAAUAUGCUUGUUAUUUGUAUAGGCAAUAGCAUGAUUUGUAGUGAUAUUUGGCAUAAAUACCACGAGUGAUAUGAAAUAUCACGAGUGGUAUUUAUGCCAUAUAUCACGUACAAAUCAUGCUAUUAUUUGUUUAUACUACUACCCACAAAAGGUUUGUAAUUUUCACAUGUAGGUAUUUCAAAUUAAGCUGAAAUACCACUGCUCUAAGCCAAUACGCUCUUCUCACGUAUGGUAAUAUGCCCGUCCAUCCUCGUUUUCGAGUAAAACUUCUUUUGAAAUGCUAAUCGGACGACGUUUUCGUAUUUGAAUUUCAAAAGAAAUUUCACUCGAAAACGAGGUUGGACGGGCAUAUUACCAUACGUGAGAAGAGCGUAUCAGAUUGCAGAAAUUUUUCAUGUAGUAGUGUAAGUACUAUUAUUAUAUCAUUCUCACCUUUACCUCCCUCCCCCCCCCCUCCCCACCACAUUAUCAUCAUCGUUAGCUUUAUCGUUGAUUAUUUUUUUUCUCUCUUUUUGCAGCCCUUAUGGAAUUGUUUCUAAUGGACCUAACACAGGUAAGAGAAUCUUGUGCUAUUUCGCGUGAAGUUUUCCCUGACUAAAUUGUAGAUACUCUCGCUUUUUGUUUGUUUGUUCGUUUUUUUUUUGGCCGUCUUAGCUUGAGAAAAAGCGAACUGCGGUGAUAAAUGUGAGGAAAUAUAAACGCCUUGCAAACGCAUAUUCCUUAUAUUUUAUAUUUGCGUUUAUAUUUCCUUAUGUUUAUCACCGCUGUUUGCUUUUGUUUGCUGUUUCUUUUUACACUGGUUCUUUAUAACUCACUGUUUACAGUGCUAAGAGGGCACAAUGUUUGUGGCUGUCGGUGCGACUGCAAAAGAAAAACAAACAAACAGAAAACUGCCGUUCUUCUGUGGGUCAAAAGUGGAGGCCUGUGUUCCUACAUUUUUAAGACGAAACCCGGAAAUUCCGCUUGUAAAUAUGAACUAACAUGUGAUAAGUGGACCUGCUUUUGCCCGUUACCAAAAAUGUUGGUAAAAUAACUUGACUGACAGUGAAAAUUAUUAUACUACUGGUUCCGCGCGUGCAGUCAAGUUGAAGCGAAUCCGUUGACCUGAUUGGCUACCCAAGCGGGUAAGGUGAUUGUAUCUCGCCCUCUCGGGAUUUUCCCCUCAGAUCCCAUAAGGAAAAAAAUCCUUUAUUGACAAAGCUUGUUCGAUGUCAAGGCGGCUGGAUAUUGGCCUCGUUCUUUUGUUUCGUUUUUACUGACCUCGAUUUCGUCUUGGUCCGUUAAAAUGAAUGUAAAUUAAAAGUGUGUAUAACAAGAUUUUUUCUGUCGUAGUAAACUAUGUAUUCAAAAUUUCAACUUGUUGAAAAUCUUGCAAAACCUCUUUUAAUGUCCCCCUAUUUCGCGGCCACAUUGACACUGAAGUAUGGCGUAGGAUGAUAAACAGAAAUGUCGAAUAAUAUCAAGAUCAAGGUAGCGGCAAAUACGAAGGCUUGUCGUUUUCGACAACUCCCCAAUCAUCUUCAAAAUCUUCAUUUACUUCGCUAUUCCUUUGUAACAGUCAGAUACAUCGUUCAAUUCCACUAAACAAAAAGGAAUGACCAGAAUUGGAAGCGAAAGCUAAGCAAAGCAAAUGAUGUCGCUGACGUCAUCAGUCUUCCUUUGAUCCUUCGCACGUUCCCAGUAUAGGCGAUUCCCUUGUUUUCACUUUGCUCAUAAGCAUACAACGUAAACGGUCAAAGCUUCGUCGUAUAUACAAAUUAGCUUCACUGUUUGCAGCUAAAUCAAAAAAGGUUGCUCAGUUUGGUAAUUGGUCAUUGGUAAUUGAAAAUUGGGCAUUCGGGCAUAUGGAACAAUGUAAUGAUUUACUUCAGUGACAACCAAACAAUAGCUUCCAAUGAACAAUUCCCAAUGUCCAAACCAACCUUUAUUGAAUCAGCUGUAUAAGUAAAGUCACCAUUAAGUAAUUACUUUAGCACAGAAUUGAUCUCAAACCGUUAUAUCCUCCUGAAAUGGCUCCUUUAACGAUCAUAAACAAGAAACCACACUAGAAAAAAAAAACCCGCAACUUGAGUGAGGUUUUCCGAUUUGUUUCUAAAGAAACAUUCGUUUCCUCUCUCAUACAAAUCAUUACAUUUACAACGUUCCUCAACAGCGCCGAUGGUCUUAUGGUAAUUGUUGUGUUAUCCACUGAUAUUUGAUUCAAAUAAUACAGGGACACGUAAUGCGCGUUUACUCAGUUUUAACAAACUAAUAAUUUUCACGAUUUUGUUCGCCAACCGCGGUUUACCCCAUUACGGUGUAACACCCUUUCUAACAAUUCAUGAGCGGCAAUGGUGUAGGUCGCAUGAAGAUAGAUUGGCUUUUCGUAGUAACUCGUGCAUGUCAGGUAUGCAAAUUUUUAAUCAAUUAUAUUACAUGCAAGAGCAAGCGACAAAAACUAAUAAUAACAAAAACGGAACAAUCAGUAUUUCACUCAUCAUACGGCGUCAAUGUCGAAAGGUCCAAAAGCUUUCGUUCUGUGAAAGGGACAAAAAUUUUCGUUCCGUUCUGAACAUGUCGUUAUUCCUGCUAACAGCAAUAUGUGGGAUAUUAGGAAUCUUCUGUAAUGUUCAAAUGCUUUAUACCUGUUUCAAAGACAACAAAAAGCGUGCUUUAGUUGCAAGUCAGUUUGUAGCUGAAGUCACAAUCAUUGCAGUGAAUAUCGUUGAGGCUUGGAAGGAACACAGCCAAGAUAUAAUAUGGUUCGCCCAUCCAGAGAAUUGCUUCCCGUUCUACAAACUGGUCACCAUUUUCGCGACAUUUUUCUCAUGUGGGAACUUGUUGGUGAUGGUAGCAUUGAAAUCUAGAGGUCCAGUUUCAGAGAGCGAAAAGGAACUGUUUUUGACAAAACUCUUGCUAUUACCGGGGAUUCUUCUAGCUGCUGUUGGCUCCGGAUCUGUGUGGUGGUUUAGCUGUUUCUCCCAGGACAACGAUUCUAGAGCUAAUCUAAUUACUGUUUCUGCUUUUAUCUUAUUGUUGGUAAUGACUAUUCUCGUCUUUGUGUUCUGGCAAACACGCCUCGAUCAUGGAAGUCACAAAUUGUCCUGUCUCUGUGACUGUUUCCUUGAAUACUUUGGAACUGUACUUUUCGUAGUGUUGUUUACGAUGUGUAUUGGGGCUUUGACGAUUCAUAUCUCCAUACCUCUCGGCUGUAAUUCUGUUGAAACCAGACUGUUCCAAAUCACUGAGAAGGCUCUCUACAUGUUCGUCGUGAACUAUACCGUCGGUAUAGCUAUGCCUUUGGCCUUUAUGGAUUUGAACGAAUCGAGCUAUCAAGAGAAAGACAAAAAGGAGAUAAAAGUUAUGGUUGUUUAGCUCAGAGCAAUGUGUUAUAUACAUCGAGUCGGGCAAAUGUAAAAUAAAAUUUUAUUUACUGGAGACGCUGUACUCUGUACGCGACAGGGGAAACCAACCUUAAUGCGAAAAGUACCUUUCAAGGUAGUGAACUGCUAUCCGUGUGGGGGGUAGUGGUACUGCCAUAUAUGGGCUAUAUAGGUAUGUGCCGCUGUGAAGGGUAUGGUUUUCAAGCAGUUUACUCUGGGAUAGGGUAUAUAAAUCAGAGAGUUUUGGUCUAGAAUAGGGUAUCAUUUUUUAGGAAACUGAUCAGUUGGUUGAAGAUUUUAUCUAGACUAGGGGGAUUUGGGGAGUUUACUGUAGUACAGAGUGGCAAAAUUCAGCUGAACUAGCUCUGGGUUAAGAGUUCCAGGGUCCCAGCGCCACAUCCUCACCCAGAAAUUCCCAAAGUACCCCCCCCCCCCCCCCGGGACUGCUAUAAACCAAGAGAGAAGUAGCUCUUGAAGAAACGCAUUCAUUUUGAAACUUAAUAUCAUCGAUAUUACAGAACUUCCGGAAAUAGAAAUAAUAAUAUACUUUGUCGUCAAGACGUGAAAAUAGAACAAAGAUUAGAACUUCCUGAAAUAGAGAUAAGAAUGUAUUUAUUCGUCAAGACCUGAAAAUAGAACAGAAAGAUUAUGUAAAAUAUCUGGAAGGUAAUAUUGAUAAACAUCCCAGUUAGUAGCCACAGAUACAACAUGAAUAAUGAAAUGUCUCCAAACGAUGGACAUCAUUCUAGUACACAUCUUGAUCAAUCAAAUUUGAUUUUACAAUUACUGCCGCUCUGCUUGGUUCUAUCAGCGAUUUAUUUUGAGUUGUUGUUGUUGUUGUUGUUGUUGUUGCUUUUCGUGGCGGCGGCGAUGACGGUGUCCAACAUAUGUACAGUUGAACCAACGAAGGGCUAAGGGACUGGCAAAAUCUGUUCGCUAUAACGAGGUUUCGUUUUAUCGUGUUUCUUUUCCAUAUAUUUUACUAUUACUGGGGUAGAGAAAAUGGUUCGUUAUACCGAGGACUUCGUUUUAUAGAGGUUCGGGGUCAUUUUACGUUUCUGGGAAACUGCCCACCUACCCCUCCCUAAGCCAACAUUUUGCCCCAAGUAAGAACUAAGUGUUAGUGUUGGUUUAGGGGAGGAGUAGGUGGGCAGUUUCACAGAAACGUAAAAUGAUUCGUGAGGUUCGUUAGAGCGAGGUCCACCGUACGUUACCUUUUCUAUGCCUAAAGAUGAUUCAUUAUCCGUUUUUAUCAUUAUUGUUUGCAAUAUAUGGUGUAAAUAAAGAGAUAUUUACGUGCUGCAAAGAGACUGUGGUCAAACUAUUUAUUUAAAAGUGACAUAGAAUAAAUGGGCUUUUGAAAGUUGAUGUCCUUGCUUAUGUGGCUUUUUGAACAAAGAAAAAUUUAGGAAAAUCUGUUUGUAUAUUCGGUUUGAUUUUGCGCUCCAUUUUGUUUGUUUUGUUCUUGUUCUUAUUUGUUUCCUUGUUUGUUUGUUUCAUAAAAUUUGUUGAAAAAAGAGACCUUUUUCAUUGGAUACGUGUGAACGGAAGGCGAAUCCGCUGGGGAAAAAAAUGCGGAUUAUCAAAAAAUACCAAGUCUUACAGUCGACUCUCUCUUAAAGGACACCUCUAUAUAUAAGACGGACUCCUUACUGAAAGGGGCACCCACUUGUUUGUCCCAGCCUUUCUUUACCCACUUCAUUUGACUCCCUAUGAGGCGGACAUUACUGUUAGGGGGAAGAGGGGGACACUAGUGCCGAUUACAAAAGUGGUGUCCGUCUUAAAGAAAGUUGACAGUACACGAUUUGAGGAGGUCUGAAUCUCCCGUUUUUCAAGAUUGUCAUCUCUGAAUACGAGUUUAAUCAGUAGAACUUCUUUUGUCGACGGUCUCAAAAUUCGAGGCGUUAAAACAACUCAACAUAGGUCCGAACGAUGAGUUUAAGUUAGUCUGAGUUAGGCAUGUACGUCAAAGUGCUUGAUAAGACAAUGAAGUCGACUGAAGAUUAAUUUUAGAGAAGGAGGGGAGAAUUAUAGCAUGAUAAAAGGCCAACCUAUUAUAAACAUCCAAUUUCAAAAAGAAACGGAUAUUGGUGGACGGAAAAACCAUUCGAUUUUGAUUCCAUAAAAAAGUCUGUCUGUUUGCCUGUUUAUUGUUACUUCGAGGAUAAAUUUGAAGUUGGCUUAAUUGGUCCCUGAACAGAUGCCUGUUUCUCGAAAGUCGUGAAAAUUAACGGCCAAGAAAGUUGUUGAUUUUUGUAUUCAUGAUCGAGCUUUCAAAAGUUUUACGGACAAUUUUUAAAAACAGCAGGUGACAUUAUUUUUUUCAGUUACGGCUUCUAUUCAUUAGAUUUUGAUUUCAAUAUUUGAUCUCGCACCCGAAAAGUUACCGGGACAUUUCGACAAAGUGGGACCCGUUUCUGGAAAGUCCCGGUAACUUUUCGGGCCCGAAAUCAAAUUUUCAAAUCGAAAUUUAAAGAAUAAGAGCGCGGGUCCUGGCUAGCAGAAUACUCCAUUUUGUUUCAUUAACUGAUAGUUUUAUCAUGUUUGAUGCAAAACUAUUGAAACCUCUAUCUUGCAUGUAAACCAAAACAGCUUUACGGGUCCGUUAAUUAUCGGGACUUUCGGGAAACAAGCCCCAGAGAACCCAUGGUCUCUGAAGCCCCUUGCAAUGGACACAACCUUGUUGGCCAACAACUCCCAACAUUGUUGGAUGUUACAUGUUGCGUCCGUUUGCGCACCCUGUUGGAUGUUGUUGCGUGUUGUUGGGAGUUACUGCGCAAAGUAUGAAACCGGUCAAUCAUUUAGCCUUGUGCAAACGGACGCAACUUUGUGGAGGGUUGUUGCGUCCGUUUGCACAUAGCUUGAGUCUCCGUUACAGGGUAAAAGGGAGUAGCGUGGCCAACGCGACACAUUGCAAAUGAGUGUUUUUUCUUAUUCAAUUUUAAUUUGUUAUUUUGUUCUUGUUUUUGUAGGAGAAGGUAACAGUGAUCCUACAUCUCCUAACUGGGGAAUGUCUUAUAUUAAGGUAACUUCUUGAAGAGCCAACUUGCUUUCCGUUAAGCCCCGUGAAAACGGACGCAACAUUGUUGGAUGUCACAUGUUGCGCCCGUUUGCACACCCUGUUACAUGUUGUUUCGUGUUGUUGCGCAAAGUUUGAAUAUAGUCAAACUUUUAGCUACGUGCAAACGGGCGCAACAACUGCCAACGAUGUUGUGUCCGUUUUCACGGGGCUUUAGACGAGGUGCAGUCUUUCAGGGCUUUAGCGCGAGCGAGACAUGAACAAAGUCAUAGAAGGUCAUGGAGUAGUGCUUGGUCACCAAGUAAAAAGCUCAAAUAAAAUUACUUUUUGUUUUGUUCCUUUUAUUUCUGCAAUAGGCUGAAGGUGAAGAAGAUGAAUCGUACGAUGACCCCAUGAAUGUUGUUCCAAAAACGCCGCAGUCCUCGUAACGCACGCUAAAGACAAGAAACGAGUUCUAACGAGCGAGAGAACCCUGAUACACUAAAGACUUGGGCAAAUGUUCCACCGCGUCUGAAGACAAAAAGGGUCGAAUGAACUAGAACUCGUGUUUUGGUUUAUUAUGAAGUCUAGAACAUAAAAGACUGAUAAGGACUAUUUUAGUUGUCUUGUUGUUAUCUGGGUCUGGUCUUGUUAUAACCUUCUAUUUUCUCUUUAGAGAUCGUUGAGUGUGCGUAUAAAAAUACUGCGGAGCUCAAGCAACGACUGCAAUGGUUACGAAAACGUAGCCUGAAUUUCAUGCGAUUACCUCGAGUCGUUAUUACUCCCUCAAUAACGUCGUUGUUGAGAGUAGAAAACGACUCGAAGCAAUCGGAUGAAUUUCAGGCUAACGAAAACGUCACUUGAGUGUAUUUGCGCUGCCUCAAAAUUUAUCGCGCUUAUUCCAUCUGGUUUAAUUCGUCAGAUGUUGGCAAAUUUUUUUUGAAGUUCAGGAAACGAAAAAUAAUGUUGUUGUGUUGUGUUCCCGUCCUCGACAAAACGUUAAAUUAGACAGAUUCACGUUGUAGUAGUAAAACGACGGCAAAGAAUGUGCAAAAAAGCGUGAUCGCGUGUAAAGUUAUUAUUUUGCUAAUGUAAACCUAUUGCUUCUUUGCCGUCCCUGUUGCCGUCGCCUUCGUCGUUGCUUAAGCUCCCUACUAAGUUAAUUGUAACUUAAUUGUUAUGCUCUUUCAAUAUUCGGAGAUAUUAUUUUAUCAACUUUAUUAGAUAAUGAUAAGCAUUUGUUAAUGAGGGAAAGAAUGUAAAAAAGGGAUACGCCUAUUGGAAUAUUUCUGAAGAGAAAAAACGCAGUUUUUGGACUACUGCAAGUUAAAAAAAGCUUUUCCGGGAGACACAUCUUUAAUGUUCAGAAUUGUUUAUCAAACUUAUAUUAUAUCUAAGGGCCAAUGUCAGUGCCUAAUUAGAAUUUAAAAUUCUCUUGUACAUUUUCAGCACAUCAAUCAUGUUUUAGUGGUAGAAUAUUGUUCAUAAAAUUAAACGACGAGCUGAUGUUGGGUUUUCAAGAAAAUCAACCCUUUUC